AUGCAUUAUUCACUCGUAGAAGGAUCUUAAUAAACUGACUCUAUUCAAUAUCCUUCUAAAUUUCAUUUUAGAUGUCCUUCUCAAUUACCUAUGGGUUCUCCCAGAAUCAUCCUCUUGCAAAAUCACUUCCCUGUUGUGAAACCAAUCAUAGUAAAAUAAGUCUAAUAAGGAUCUCAUUUAAAAUCAAUUAAAAACACCUCUUAUACCAACAGAUAACCUGUCAAAACCUUAUGCAAUGAACAACUUGAAAUACCAAAACAAGAGAAAAUAUUAAAAGAAAAAAACAAAAAAUUGUAACUGAGAAAAAACAUGGCAAGAAAACUAUUGAAAAUCACUGAGUAUCUAGGAUCCUACAGAAAACCUUGA